AUGGCGAGCCUGCCUCUGUACCAAUUUGAGAAGAUGUGCUACGAUAUUUGCCAAGAGAUAUCACAACGUGGACUGAUAUCCACGCAUUCCUCGACUGAUGAGGGCAAUGACGUCACAGAGAAGGAUUAUUCCGAUACCCCACCAGCCCACUUUGUCUUGGUAAACGGCCCAGCGAGUGAAUCAGAGGCCAGUGGCAACGACACGGACUAUCACCGCGCCCAGCUUUUUAGGCCAAGAACAUUAUUUACACAUUCCGGCGCUUCGGAGGACAUUGUUGCAGAUAAUCCGCAUGCCGCCCGAGUCUGCUCCAUGUUGAUGAAUAUUUUUGAAAACCGUUCUCGGUACAAGGUCUUUAUUGGUUAUCGCGAUCAAGAAGCGCAAGCCAUCCUCAAUCUCCUACAGGCAUUGCUGGACUACCCUAAAAUAGAACGAAAAGUUCAACGCGAACUCGUCGUCGCAAUUCAGAGGCUUUCAGAAAGAUCUGCACUCAUACCCGAAAGUUUCACGCUUCGCGGAGUGGAAAUGGAAGGUGAGUAUGCAGCAUCAUCAGGCCGGUUUGGAGAGGUUUGGAAAGGGAGAUUCCAAGACCAGCGCGUCUCCCUUAAGAUUGUAAGGGCAUACAGGGAUUCACAGAUGCACCAACUACUCAAGGCUUUUUCCCGCGAGGCUGUUCUCUGGGGACAGCUGUCACACAGCAAUUUACUGCCGUUCUAUGGAAUAUACCACCUUGAAGAUACCCAUCGCAGAAUCUGCCUCGUCUCUCCCUGGAUGGAACACGGAAAUGUGAAUGAUUUCUUGGAAAAGGAGCCCGACUUUCCGCGAAUUUAUCUGAUUUCGGACAUCGCUGCUGGGAUAGCCUACCUGCACGACAAAAACGUCGUACAUGGCGACUUGAAAGGGGCCAACAUUCUGGUAAACGCAUCACUAAGCGCUUGUGUUGCUGACUUUGGCCUUUCAACUAUACGAGACCCUGACGUCGUACAUCUGUCUACUUCCUCUGCGGGACACGGCGGUGGGACGAUUCGCUGGAUGGCUCCAGAACUUUUGGAUCCAAAUGAUGAAAUACACAAUAGCAUGGCCAGCGACAUUUACGCAUAUGCUUGUGUCUGCUAUGAGAUAUACACAGGACACGUACCAUUUUUCGAAAUCCGGCGAGACCAGACCGUCAUGUUCAAGAUAGCAAGCGGCGAGCGACCAUCGCGUCCUCCCGCGAACGACCCGGCGUUCCAAGAGAAGGGGAUGACCCGCGAUCUUUGGGAGCUGAUGGAAGAUUGCUGGGUUAGUGAUCCAAGAGAGAGGCCGACCACUCAAGAUAUUGUGCAUCGGUUGCCUCGGAAGCCUAGGAGGCGUAAGAUGGCGGGCACCGCGGGGGUGCUGGUGUCGCCUUCUUCGUUUCGUGCGUCUGUGAGGGGUGAUUUGGACUCACACCUUUCGGACCCCCGGGUGCUUCGCUUAUUGGAUAUCGACACUUCGUCCUUGCUUUUGGGAAAUUAG